ACUAUAAAUUAGGAAAUAGAUUAAAAUGCAAUUAAAUAGUUUGAACAUGAAUGGCAAAAUUAUCUAAAGCAACAAAAAGAUUCAAAUUAAGCAUUCAACCUUCCAUGACAUCUCCUCACCGACGCGGUGACAUCUACCAGAACUUCAUACACUCCACGAUUCUUCCUAUUCCCCUCACAAUUUUGACAUUCGCGCCGUCUUCAUGUGUUUACAAAAAUCCAAGAAGUCGUUACCAUUUACAGUUCCGCCAGCUGAUGGGGCUCAACGUCAACGUUCCGCCAAAUUUCUCAUAUUUUGAAACACCCUCGACAUGUCUCUGUGCUCUGCCGAAGAAAUCGCGGAGAAGCGCCGAAUCGCCCUGGAAAGAUUAAAUGCAAGAAAGCAAGAAACCACGACCAGAACCGCCAGUUCCCCGGUUAUAGCCAAAAAUCCACCUGCGACAGGCAACAAUGCAGCCAGUUUCCUUGGAGCCUUUCGGAACAAUAACAACCCCGACCGCCAUCUCAAUCAAGCUCGGAUAUCAGCGCAACCGUACCCAAAGCAAGCUCCCUUGAAAACCCUACCAAGUUCCGCAUUCCAGCAAAAUAAGGCUCCAGAACUGGCACCAAUUUUUGUUCCGAACAACAUUCGAGUUGUCCAUUGUCGCAGUGCAAUGGUAACAGCGAGUCGGUUCGGAGUUUAUAUGUCCGAGUACCACGGGAAGGCGAUCGAUGUAUGCAAAACGAUCCCUUCGAGGAGUUACGAUGGCGACAGAAGACUGUGGACCUUCGAUCUCAAGCAGUAUGAGCUUGUCAUGGAAAGGUUCGAAGGAUUGAAACCGAAUGUAGUGCUCGAGGGCAUCCACAAGAAAGUUUUGGAUAUCUUCAGAGAGGAAAGUAGGCUGGAUGAUGGCUCGAUGUUGUCUUACAUGGCUUCGAUUUCGGAGCCUCUGCGGGAUUCUUUGCUUCCGUUUCAAAAGGAAGGAGUUAAGUUCGGAAUAAGUAAACAGGGUCGCGUUCUAAUUGCAGACGAAAUGGGCCUCGGAAAAACAUACCAAGCUCUAGCCUUGGCUGACUUCUACAAGGAGGAUUGGCCAUUGCUCAUCGCCACCACAGCGUCAACCAGAGAUGUCUGGCUAUCUCAAGUUCGUAAGCUCUUAACCUUCGUGAAUUGCCACCAUAUAGCCUGCAUAACAGCCAGUCAGGAGUGUUUUGACGAUGCCAAAAUAGUGAUUAGCAGCUACCCUAUGCUCGAAAAAUGUCUAGAAAAGCUCGAAUCUAUGCAUUUCGGUGUCCUAAUUAUGGAUGAAUCUCAUACUUUAAAAAAUUUCAAAUCUAAAUGUACAAAAGUCGCCGACAGACUCGCGAAAAAAGCAAAAAGAGUGAUUUUAUUAUCCGGAACUCCAGCACUUUCCCGUCCUGUUGAGUUGUUUUCGCAGCUAAAGAUGUUGGAUAGGGGAUUCCUCAAUUAUAUGGAUUACACGGUUCGUUACUGCGAGGGGAAAGCAGGAAACUUCGGAUGGGAUGCGAGUGGACAAUCAAAUUUAGACGAACUAAAAGUGAUUCUAUGUAAGAAGUUCAUGAUAAGGCGAACGAAAGCAGAAGUUCUACCUGAGUUAGCGGAAAAGAACAGAGAAACUGUUUAUUUAGACCCAGCCUUGAUAAGCCAAAGUUUAAAGUUGCGCCAUUUUUCAAAGAUAGCCUCCCAAUAUAUGACUUACAUAAAAGAAGAGGAUCUCAUUCAGUACUAUGCAGAGACGGGACGCGUGAAAUGUGAAGCCAUAUGUUCCUAUUUGAAAGGGAUUGUCAAGGAAAAAAUCAAAUUCAUCAUUUUUGCUCACCACAAAUGCGUGCUUGACGCCAUCUGUGAAUGUCUGAAAAAUCUGAAAGUCCAACAUAUACGGAUUGAUGGUUCGACGAAGAAUGAAAUAAGAGCGGAAAAAGUAGAAAAAUUUCAAACAAAGCCCAAAUGUCGUGCCGCUGUCCUGUCUAUAAGAGCCUGUAAUGCUGGUAUAAGUUUGACUGCUGCACAAUUAAUCCUGUUUGCUGAACUAGAUUGGAAUCCAAGUACUCUAGCACAAGCUGAAAGUCGGGCCCAUCGAAUCGGCCAAGAAAAUGAAGUAAUUUGUCGAUAUUUAUUGGCUCGUGAUACAGCCGAUGAUAUUAUCUGGCGAAAGUUGCAAAACAAACAAGAUGUCUUGAAUAAAGCUGGACUUUUCUCAGAAGAUCUUCGAAAUAGCGAGCACAUCGUCGGACCAAAUUCGUCGGGAAAUAUCGACAAAUACGUUGUCAAGACUCCUCGCAAAACAAAUCCAAAUUCGCUGGAUGUGAGUACGUCUAGUGAUGAUGACAAUCGGCCUGCCCAACUUCCUCAGGAUAUAUCGGAAACGAAUGAACAGAAUGCUAACUACGAUUCAUUCGAAGAUCUAUUGAAUGAUGGGGACGACGAUGAUUUUGCAAAUAUAGACUUUUGAUCGAAUGUAUGCUGCUUGCAUUGCUUAAUGUGAAACGUGCACCUGUUUCGUUGACUGUGAAGUUUUUGAUAAUGUUUUGUAAUUGCGUUGAACGAAUAAAGACAAAUAUUUAUG